UUGCAAAGAAUGGAAAGUGAAACUUAAAAGCUCUUGCCAUCGAUUUACAUUAUUAUUUAUAGCUAUUAAAACUGCGUUUGAUAUUUCGCAUGUGCGUUUAUUGAAGCGCACAAGUAUAAGUAGUAGGUAAACUGGUGAGUGUAACUCGAAUAGUAUGUAGAGCGUGCUGAAAAUAUUAGUACAGCUCGUUCGUGGUUAACCAAGUAAUUAUACACAGCGACAUUCCAUUUUCUAAAUUAUCAUUGAAGAAAACUGUCGGUAGGGCAAACUCAAUUAUUACCGUCAGUUGUUCAGUAAGUUUUUGGGUAAGUUUUUGUUGUAGUGCGUCUAAUUAUACGAAUGUAACUAUUUAGCUAGCACUAGAUUGAUAGGAAACCGUUUAAACGCUAGGUUUAAAAACUUGGCUUAAAAAGUGAAAUGAGGUCGUCUGCCUAUGACCAUAUCUGUUGAGAAGCUUAGCUAAUGUUUAUGGAGAACACAUCCAGUGUUAACGAGAUAAUUAACCUCAUUGCGUGGUAACGUUAGUCUUAUGCGUGUGCUAAUACAUUUUGUUUGUUUCACUGGAAUUCUCGUUCCAUAACUAGUUAUAGCUAGCUGUAACAUCCGAUAAAUAAGUUCCCCUGGGAAAAAAUCAAGACGCAUGAGUCAACAGGUGCAGCUCCGCUCUGAAAGUGCUUGUCCAGGAUUACCACUUGCUCCUGUGCCGUUUCCAAACUACCGGAGUUCCAGCUGUUGCACUCAUAUAAGCCGUGCUGGUUUUGAGCCAGCGCCUUAUUUCCCCCCUCGCCCUGACCCCUGCGAUAUGAGCAGAGGUAGAGGAGGGCCCCAAAAACAGCAUUUUAGGUUUCAGUCUCCCCACAAUCAGGGUCAAUUCCCCUUUAGACCUGGUUCCUCCACGGUCCCAGGUGACCCCAAUACCCCAAUUCUCCACCGAAGCACUAACAGGUUCCCUUCCUUUUCACCCGUCUCUUCUGUACCCCCCCAAUUACCGCAGUUUCCUGGGUCUCCCUGUGAUCCCCGCAGACAACCCCCCACCAUAGCCGCAAAUGAGGGCCAGGUUGACAUUUCUAGAUUUAAGCAGCAACAGCAGCUGUUUUUGAGCGGUCAAAUUCCAGAAGCCCCUCAGUUUAGGACAGCCAUCCCCAAAGGGGAAACCCAAAGAUUUGCUGCAGGAACUGGACCCUAUUUUAACCACCAACCAGGUGGGCAGUUCAAAAACCACCCCAACAACCCCCGACUGAGAGGGCGCUACUGCAGUGAAGGGGCUUAUGAUGUAAGCGGGGGAUUUGGGUAUCAUUUAAGCGACAGUGGUCCCAAUAGAGAAGCGGGCUGGAACCAGAAAAGAAACCCUCAAGCAGGAAACAAGUAUCAGAACUCAUACCAGAAAAAACGGGGGGGUUUCCAACGGCAAUAUUCUGAACCAUCCUUGUCAAAUAGUUUUCAGAAUUUGUCCUUGGAAAGGGACCGUUUUAGCAGAGGCAGUCAUUUUGACAAAGCUUCCUCCAGGGGGAACAGCUUGGCUCCUUUGGCCGCAAGUCCGCAUGUCCCGACACUGGUCCUGGAGGCUCUGACCUCAUUAAGUCCAGGUGAAACAAUCCAGGCCAGAGUUCUUGCCAAAAAGCUUCACUUGCCAAAAAAACACAUUAACCAGGCAUUGUACAAUCUCCAUCGCACACACAAGGUAGAGAAGCACGGUGAUACUCCUCCUCUUUGGACUCUAAACAGAGGGACCCCAGGGAAAAGGGACGGCAGCCUUACUCGGCAGGGGGACUUUGCAGUAGUUAAGGAAGAGGAGGGAGCAGGAGAGCAGGAGAGUGACGUAGUAGUGGAAGCUGUCUUUGAGAGUGACCAGAGUCCAGACUGGCAAGACCAAGACGAGUUCUGUGAAUCGGAAUCAGACUCGGACUCGGACUCCUCAGAAACGUCAGAUUCCCGUCAGGAAGUUAGCACCACGGAUAACUUCGCAGUUAUGACGGACACCAAAGAGCAGAUUGUCCAGUACCUGCACCAGUUGGGUAAAUCCAAUGCCCUCUUACUAGCAAAGAAACUUGGCCUCAGGAAUGCCAAGCAGGUCAACCCAACCCUGUAUGCCCUGGAAAAACAGGGGGAAGUCUACUGUGACUCCUCUGUCACCCCUCCUAUGUGGGAACUGUCUGACCAUAAGAGGGAGAGGAUGGACAGACAGAAGAAGGCCUUACAAAGCGCUCCUGCCGAGGGGACGGCACCGCCCAUUGAGAUGUUUUUUCAGGGAGCAGCUUCUGGCAUGGAAGGGGUAGGUUGUUCAUCUAGUGCAAAAAUUUUGAACUUGGGAGAUCCCCUUCCAGACUUGGAGCCAAUAGACGGUUUAACAGGCGAGGAAAUUGGGUUAAGCAAUAGCUGGUUGGGUCCGGUAGGCCAAGAACAUAAGCAGCCUUUGAUAAAGUUUGACUCAGGAAUGGAAGCUGUACCAGUAGGUCAGGAGCAUAAACCACCCUUGAUCAAGCCAGAGCCAGAUGUGGAAAAUGUACCUGUGCCAGGCUUGGAACCUAUAAAGCCUGAAUCCACUGACUUCCCCAUCUCUACCACCACCUCCUUCCCAAUCUACCCUCCCUUUCAUCCUCCUUCCCUCUAUCAGGAAGACCACAAGAAUGGGGCGCAUUCGCAGUGGGCAUCAGACGAAAUACCCGAUUGUCUGAAUGCCAUCGGGACUGGAGCAGUGGGCACAGUGGAGGUGUCCCUUGCUGCAGCACCCCAGAAUCUUGGGUCAAACCGGCAGCAGAAGCUCCAGGAGGUUCAAUCCAAGAAUCCAGUGAGUGGGCUGAUGGAGUUCGCCCAGUAUUCGGGCCAAAGCUGCGAGUUUUUGCUUCUGGACCAGUCGGGACCUUCGCAUGACCCCAGGUUCAGGAUGCAGGUUAUGCUGGAUGGACGCAGGUUUCCUGUGGCUGAAGCAUCCAGCAAGAAAGUGGCAAAAAAGGAUGCGGCUGCCGCAGCACUUAAGACCAUCCUGAGAGAGCAGGAGGGGGGCGAGGGAGAGGCGGGGGACACAACUGGAAUGGAAACUACCAAAGAUCCCAGUUCUGACACCACUGGCCCUGUCCCUGAAGAUCCUCCUCAGGCCCUGUCUCGCUCUCUGCCGGGAGGGAAGAACCCAGUCUCCAUGCUGAUGGAAUACAGCCAACGCAGCGGCCACCCCAUAGAGUUCUUCAACACUGGGCAGGAAGGGCCUCCUCACGACCCACGUUUUAUGUUCCGGGUGAAGGUGGGGGACAGCCUCUUCCCAGAGGCCUAUGCUCCCAGUAAGAAGGCAGCGCGGCAGCUGGCCGCUGAGGAGGCGGUGAAGGAGCUGUUGGGAGAUGGGCGGCUGCAGCUCAACAAGCCCUCGAUGACUUUCUGCCCCGUGGGAGAUGAUGAGAAUGGCCCCGCGAUGCCCCCCUGCCCCUCCCUGCCCCCGCUGACGGCAGCCGAGCUGCAGGCGGCCCACGAGGCCGGCGUGGGCGACCUCAUCAACCACCUGAACAACAACGCCGUGUCCGGCCUGCUGGAGUACGCCCGCGCCCGGGGCUUCGCUGCUGAGAUCCGCCUGGUGGGCCAGUCUGGGCCCCCACACGAGCCACGGUUCACGUACCAGGCCAAGCUGGGCGGCCGCUGGUUCCCGCCCGUCUGCGCCAGCAACAAGAAGCAGGGCAAGCAGGAGGCGGCAGACGCUGCUCUCCGAGUGCUGAUCGGGGAGGCGGAGAAGGCUGCCCGCACCGGAGAGCUCACCCCUGAGCUCCCAGUGUGCGGUGGCACUCUGCACGACCAGAUCGCCAUGGUGAGCCACCAGCGCUUCAACGCGCUCACCGCCCGCAUACAGCACAGCCUGCUGGGACGCAAGAUACUGGCCACCAUCGUCAUGAGGAAGGGAGACACCCUGGGGACCGUGGUCAGCCUGGGCACGGGAAACCGCUGUGUGAAGGGAGAGGAGUUGAGUCUUAAAGGUGACACUGUGAACGACUGCCAUGCAGAAAUUAUCUCCAGAAGGGGCUUCAUCAGGUUCUUGUACAGUGAGCUGAUGAAGCACCAUGCAGGGACGGAGGAGAGUCUGUUUGAGCCUGCCGAGGAUGGCAAACUCAGGGUUAGACCUGACGUGACCUUUCACCUCUACAUCAGCACCGCCCCCUGUGGAGACGGCGCUCUGUUCGACAAGUCCUGCAGUGAGGAGGCCGAGGGCACGGGGACCCACCACCAGCCGCUCUUCCAGAACGUCAAGCAGGGGAAGCUGAGGACCAAGGUGGAGAACGGGGAGGGCACCAUCCCGGUGGAGUCGAGCGCCAUCGUGCCCACGUGGGACGGCAUCCAGCACGGGGAGCGGCUGCGCACCAUGAGCUGCAGCGACAAGAUCCUGCGCUGGAACGUGCUGGGCCUGCAGGGGGCGCUGCUCAGCCACUUCCUGCACCCCGUCUACCUGCGCUCCGUCACGCUGGGAUACCUGUACAGCCACGGUCACUUGACCAGGGCCAUAUGCUGCAGAAUGGCUAGGGAUGGAGAUGACUUCAGAAAGAACCUCCCUCCAAACUUCAGUGUCAACCACCCUGAGGUGGGACGGGUGAGCGUGUACGACUCCACGCGGCACACGGGGAAGACCAAGGAGUCCAGCGUUAACUGGAGCCAGGCUGACCGCCUGAGUGUGGAGGUGCUGGAUGGCACCAAGGGCAAGCUGGACAGCCCAAAACUGGAUGUGUCCCGCGUCACCAAGUCCAACAUGUUUCGCCUCUUCCGCGCCCUGUGCCAGCAGAUGGGACGCACCGACCUGCUACAGCAGCCGUCCUACGCCCAGGCCAAAAUGGCCGCCGAACCCUUCCAGCGGGCCAAGGCCCAGUUCUUCCAGGCCCUCGGCGCUCACGGCUACGGGGCCUGGAUCGGCAAGCCCCUGGAGGAGAAGAGCUUCGAGCCCAUCGACAGCUACGAGAGCAUAACGCCGCUGCCGAGCCUGGGGAACCAGGGCAGCGUCGACAACAACAAAAUGGCCAACGCUGUCGGUGCCAACAGCAACAGCAUGGAGGGGUAGCGGAGGGAGCUGGCGGGGCAGGAAGAGGAUGAGAUUAGGGGGAGAGAGUGCCCAGUGGCGUGUUUGGUUUCAGGGCAGAGGAGAUGGGAAGGGACAGGAAGCCAGUAAGGGGGAAUGUGGACUUGGUGAGCCUUAGGGGGGCGGAGCUUUAACAUCAGGAGCUGGGGAGGAAGGGAGAAGGGAGUAUUGCGUCCGCAACUGGACUGUAAACAAUUUAACUGCUCUAUAGUAGAGGUCAGGGAGCUGGCUUGAUAGAGUGAACCACUGUGGGGGGGAAAAAACGGUUCACGCAGCAAAUUAAAACAUUGACAGGCAGUGAUUCACUGCAUUAUAACGAAUACCCACAGAGCAACAAAAAAAAAAAACAGAAAAAAAACUAGUACUUGCAGUGCAGUCUCAAUGUAAAUACACACUCAAAUGUGCAGAAUCAUUUUUUUAUUCUUUAUUUUUAACUUUGACCCAAUCACUCUCUCUCCUGUCCGUGUCCAGUCUAAUUACAAUGUGUGAAUCAACACCAGUGUAUGAAAACAGGUAUCCUGAAGAUUGCUUAUUUGUGCCCAAAAGCUGUCUUAGACUCACCAAGGCUCUGUAUUGUUAGUGCUUUCAUGUAGUUAAAACACAUGUGAACUCAUGCCCCCUACUCCUAAAUAAUCCAUGAAUGUCCAGUAUAAUGUAUGUAUGUAACUAUACACAUCUUUGUGGUUCAUUGUCAUUGUAGUGCUGGUGUCGUAAUGUUUGUGAGAAUGGAGUGGCAUAGUUAUUUUAUGAUGCUUCUACUGUUAUGUUGCCAUUCCAGUAAAAUCAGCUAACCUUAUAAACAGGAGGUGCAUAUGCAUAAUGUACAUACAGAUUAAUAUAUGCACACAUUUAUAUGUGAAUUUUGACCUAUAAUUGUGUGUGUAUGUAAAUGUAUAUCUUUUAUGUAUAUUUUUUUUGUUGUAGUUCUGUUAUUUUAGAUUUUCUGAUUUCUUACAAUGUUUGAUAUAGAGCUUUAGGGUCACUUGUUAGAAAUGUCAGCUCGCUGAAUUUUUAAAAAAUGUUUUACCCUCAAGUGAAAAGAUAACGCUCGUCUGGUCAGCUACUUUAUACUGAACUUUAUUCAUAUUUUUAUUUUUUUAAUGCAUGUGACAGAACUAAAUUGUACCACCACAUGAACACAUUCACACUCUGAAGCCCAAAACAGUUCCACAGUGCUGACCGGUGCACAGUGCAAUGUGCACCUAGACAUACACAACUUAAUUGCACUAAAUUUUAUUACUCCUGUAAAAAUUAUCAAGGCAGCUCAUUCUAAUCUCCUUGAUGUUGGAUUGACCUGAAUUUCAGGUCACUUCAGAAGUGAUUGUUGACUUUUUGGAGGUUUUUGAUUGUUCCAGUUUCUGUGUAUUUUACAUUGGCCUAGACAGUUUUUAAUGUGCAAUGAAAGGUACUGUAUGUAAUAACCAACUCAUUUUUUAGUGGCAAUUCACAAUUUAAGUCAGUUUUAUGUUGUGCAUUUCUCUUCAUGGUCUCAGUUUGGCAUGUGCAGUGGGAUGUAGCUCCAACCGAAAAUUACAUGAAACCAUUUUUUUAAGAAUCAUGAGGUAUUAUAAUAUACAAGUAUACAACCUCUGAAUGCAUAUCAUUGCUGUGAAAGCUGCUUUGCAGUGCAUUAUAUUUUAUUUUCUUUGGGGUAGAAACCCUAUACCAGUUAUAAAGCCACCAUGUCAACAGGAACUUGUGUAAAUGGCUAAGAUAUCCUUCAUGGCAUACAAAAACGAUGGGCCAAUCAAAAACUUGCACAAAAAUGGAGUAAUAUCAAAAACUAUGAAAGUGAAAGGUCAACUCAAGGGACUAGUUCUUUCAAAUCUUUGAACUGCUGAUUUGUCUCUUACCAUGAAAGUAAUAAUAUACACAUUCCUACAUGUAUGCGUACAAAGAACGAACAAAGAAUUCCCUCUUCAGUGCUUUUGGCCUUAUGGAAGCUUCUGAUUGGGAAUUUAUCAACAUGAAAUCAUAAUUCCAGUACACUGCCCAACAACACUUUAGAAGCACCUAUAGAUGUGCGAGUGUGGAUUCUGUCAGUCUUUUCAAAAUUGAAUGCGGUAUUCCUUUUUCCCAAGGGUGCUAUUGGUCAUUUUUAUGGGUCUUAAUUUCUUUAUCCAAUUGAAAAGUUUCUUUCAAAAGGAUGGUGAUAAGAAUUUCUGUGAAAAGCUAUAGUAAUAAUUUCUAUUUUGUUGUCUCUGUGUAUACGGAUUUCAGUGUGUACAUACAAAUGCAGCCGUGUAUAGUUCAGCUUUUGUUUAUGUUGCCAUUGGUUACAGAUGGUAUCUGUUUAUUUUCUAAGAUUGCAACCUGAUACUGAAUUUGAAAAUGGCAAAUAUAAGUUCUGAAAAGUC